GCAGAAAUUUCUCCUCUAACCAUAAAAAUGUGACUCAUCAAGGAUAGCUGCUUCCCCAAACUUGACUGCCCACACUUCCUGUUAGCAUUUGCUCUCAUAUCUGAUCAGCAUAAAUUUUUCCUACAGACAGUGGGUCCUUUCAGAGCUGUGAGUUUAUGUCACCUGCAAAACAGCAGUAAAAACCGGAGGGGGUGAAUGGGCUCAGAACAAAGAUAGACACUGAACAGAUGAUUGGGAUGCUCACGAGUGCACAUUUGAAUAUGACUCGCUCAUUUGCCUUCAGUAGUUGAUAACUUGGUCUGUGAUUGGGCCGAGUGCCACCACAUAUCCUGCAAAUGCAAACUCAAGCAAAUAUUUUAGGAGAACUGACGGCUCCAGCUAUCAGAGAGGAUCAGCUGGUGGAUAUUCCCGGGAUCUUAUAGGAACAAAUAACUGAUAACCUUAAAGUUCCUGGUGAAGAUUUGUGGAUCUAAAAACAUGGAGGUCACGUUUAAAGCCGUCACUCACAAUCCUGGGAUUAUAAUCUGGAGAGUUGAGAAAAUGGAGUUGGUUCUGAUUCCUGAAAAGACCUAUGGAAACUUUUUUGAGGGCGACUGCUAUGUGCUGCUAUUUACUCAGAAGGUGAAGAACGCCUUGAGUUACGAUAUCCACUACUGGAUUGGCUCUGAGUCCUCUCAGGAUGAACAAGGAGCGGCUGCGGUUUAUUCUGUGCAGCUCGAUGAUUAUUUAGGCUCCAGUCCAAUCCAGCACCGUGAGGUUCAGAAUCACGAGUCGGACACUUUCAAAGGCUACUUCAAACAUGGAAUCAUAUAUAAGAAAGGUGGAGUGGCAACAGGGAUGAGACACGUUGAAACCAAUACUUAUGAUGUCAAGAGACUGCUCCAUGUUAAAGGAAAAAAAAGAGUCAUCGCCAGGGAGGUGGAACUGAGCUGGAAGAGCUUCAACCUUGGUGAUGUGUUUCUGUUGGACACCGGCAAGACCAUCGUUCAGUGGAACGGACCCAAAAGUCACAAACAGGAAAGACUCAAAGGUCUUCUGCUGGCCAAAGACAUCCGAGACAGAGAGCGCGGAGGCCGGGCGGAGGUCAGGUCGGUUGAGGGCGACGCGGAGAAACAAUCUCCUCAGGAGAUGGAGAUCCUGAACAGCUUCCUUGGGGAGAGAAACAUCAAACUAACCGAUGGGCCUCCGGAUGAAACUUUUGAUCAGGAACAGAUGGGCAAACUCUCUCUUUAUUGUGUGUCGGACGAUGAUGGUCAAAUGAAGGUAACAGAAGUGGCCACACGCCCACUGGUCCAGGACCUGCUUGAUCAUGAGAGCUGCUUCCUUCUGGACCAAGGAGGAGCAAAGAUCUUCGUAUGGAAAGGAAAGAAGGCAAACAAAGCAGAACGGCAAGCUGCGAUGGCCAGAGCUUUGGACUUCAUAAAGACCAAAAACUACCCAUUCACCACAAACGUGGAGACAGUAAACGAUGGGGCAGAGUCAGCUGUUUUCAAGCAGCUCUUCCAGAGGUGGACCGUGAAAGACCAGACUCAAGGCCUGGGGAAAGUAAACACCAGGGGGAAAGUUGCUCAUGUCAAACAAGAAAAAUUUGAUGCGUCCCUCAUGCACGCCAUGCCAGAGGUUGCUGCGCAGGAGAGGAUGGUGGACGAUGGUUCUGGUCAAGUAGAGGUGUGGAGAAUCGAGGAUCUGGAGCCGGUACCUGUGGACCGACAGCGGUACGGAUACUUCUAUGGAGGAGACUGUUAUCUUGUCCUUUACACUUACUUGGUCAACAACAAGAAGUGCUACCUGCUCUACAUGUGGCAGGGGCGCCACGCCACUCAGGAUGAGCUGGCCGCUUGUGCAUUUCAAGCUGUGGCUUUAGAUCAGAAGUACAACGAUGAACCGGUUCAAGUGAGAGUCACAAUGGGCAAGGAACCAAGACACUUUAUGGCCAUUUUCAAAGGGAAAAUGGUCAUCUUUGAGGGGGGCACUUCUAGAAAGGGGUCUUCUGAACCUGAGCCUCCAGUACGAUUGUUCCAGGUUCAUGGAUCGGACCUGUCCAACACAAAAACCAUUGAAGUUCCAGCCCUGGCCUCAUCUCUCAACUCCAGUGACGUCUUUUUACUCAGGAGCCAAACAGAGAUUUAUCUGUGGUGUGGGAAGGGCUCGAGUGGAGAUGAGAGGGCCAUGGCAAAAGAGGUGAGCUCUGUGAUUUGCCUCGACACCCAAAGAAGCUCAGAAGAGAUCGUGGCUGAAGGUCAGGAGCCCAUGGAGUUCUGGGAACUGCUUGGAGGGAAAGCUCCCUAUGCGAGUGGCAAAAGGCUGCAGCAGGUGGUUUUAGAUCAUGAGCCGCGCCUGUUUGAAUGCUCCAAUAAGACAGGCCGUUUCAUUGUGACUGAGGUGACUCACUUUAACCAGGAUGACCUCAAUGAAGAUGAUGUCAUGCUACUAGACACCUGGGACCAGCUGUUUCUCUGGAUUGGCAAAGAGGCCAAUGAGACAGAGCGAAAAGAAGCCGUGGCCACUAGCCAAGAGUACCUGCGCACCCACCCGGGUGACAGAGAUCUGGACACCCCCAUUGUAAUGAUCAAGCAGGGCUUCGAACCUCCCACCUUCACCGGCUGGUUCACUGCAUGGGAUCCCUUCAAAUGGAGCAGUGGAAAAAGCUAUGAUGACCUGAAGAGAGAGCUGGGAGACGUGGCGUUACCUGUUGACAUCAAACCUCAGGAGCAGAAAACUGUUGAGAGGGAAUAUCAGUCUUUUCCUCCUGACAUGUUGGUCAACAAGCAAGCGAGCGAGCUGCCUGAAGGUGUGGAUCCUGCGCUGAAAGAGAAAUACCUCUCUGAUGGUGACUUCAUUGAUGUGUUUGGGGUCAGCAAAGAUGACUUUGUGAGCCUGCCACAGUGGAAACAACUCAAACUAAAGAAGGAAAAAGGGUUGUUUUGAUGUGCCAUUAGUCACAGUUUUAACAGUUUAAAUCCUGGGAUGUUUUUUUCUUUUUUUUGCUUCACAAAUCAUUGCGAAUAACUGCUUCUCUCUGAAAUAAACAUUUAAAGUUAGCAAAAAUCAAUUUAGUUACUGGAUGGUAAUCGAAAAUCCAGACGAAAUAUAGAGGUUCAAUUUUAUUAUGCUAUAUAUUAAAUAUUUCUGGUUCUAUUUAGUAUAAUGGAGGUAUAAGCAGAACUGUUUUGCCAUCUGCUGGACAAACUAAGCUAAAGCAUGUCAUGACAAAAGUAUUUUGAAACACAAAGAUUUGGGGGAAAUGUAUUUUUCCACAACUGUCAAAACAUUUAAUUAAUUCAUUUCUUAAUUUUCAUCAUUGAUUCAUCAGAUUUGAUCUGUUUUUUUCUGAACUUUAGAUGUUCAGAUGCAUCUUAAGGCCACAGUAGCUGCUGCCUCUCAGCUCUUAUUUUGAAAGUCACACUGCAUAAAGCUGCCACUGGAUGUUUAUUUCUGAACAUGUAAAAGUGACAAACCAGCCCAUGCCAGGACUAUUAGCUCCUUUUAUGUUGAUAUGAAUCAUCCACUUUUACAGCAUCUCAAAGAAAGUAGAAAAAAAACACACAACUGUCAAAAACAGAUGCAAUAAAAACAUUUUUUGCAUGUCAAAACAAUCUGAUUACACAAUCAAUUCUUUAAAAACUCUGACUGAAACAUUUAAACAUAAACAGAUGAAAUCCCUUUGACCCGUUGAAGGAAAAAACAGGACGUUAGAGCAAAAAAAAUCCAAACAUCUUGUUAGCAAACACAGAAGUUAUUCAUGAAACUGGAA